AUGCAAGGCCAACAACAGACGCCCUUUCUCCCCAGCAUCCCGCUCGCGCACGGCUAUCUGACAGCCUCGAAGCACGACCGGCAGCCAUUAUGCGGUAAUAGCGAGGGCUGGGGCCCGAUCAGCCCUAUACGAUACGACUUCACACCGUGUUUCCUGGAUGUGUGGAUAGCCGUUGUCGGAGUAUUUGGGAUUGUGGGAGGCGCCGGCGCGUUGUGGUAUCUCUACAGGAAGUGCCCGCCUCAGCCUGUAAAGCGCAAUUGGCACUUUUACGCGAAGCUGAUAUCCCUCGGCGCCCUCAUCGCCACUACGGCCGUACAAGCCGCGCUUCAGAUCGAGUACUACAAGGACGUAUGGGCCGGCGACUUCCGUUUCUGGACAUCGAUUAUCACCAUCGUCUCACUCGGCGUCGUCUUCUAUAUCCAAUACAUCGAACACUGGCGCUCGCGAAAUGCCAACGGUGUGGUCCUCUUCUACUGGCUCUUCCUGCUGCUCGCAUAUGCCGUCAAGCUCCGCUCCCUCGUUUCACAACAGGUACACCGUGAACAUGUGGCAUACUUCGCAGUCUUCUGUGCUAGCGUUGGGUUGGCCGGACUAUCUUUCAUUCUGGAAUGGCUGGUUCCGAAGCGCCUGAGCGACUACGACAUGCUUGGAGACGACGAUGAAUGUCCAUACGAAUAUGCAGACGUCUUCUCCGUCUUGACAUUUGGUUGGAUGACACCUCUGAUGAAGCAGGGUUACAAGAAUUUCCUUACCCAGGACGAUCUCUGGAACCUGCGAAAGCGCGACACGACUCGACACACCUCGCAGACAUUUGAGGAUUCUUGGCAAUAUGAGAUGGAAAAGAAGCACCCUUCACUGUGGUUGGCAAUGUUCCGCUCGUUCGGCGGUCCUUACUUCCGCGGCGCUGCCAUCAAGACUGUGAGCGAUGUCCUGAACUUCGCUCAACCUCAGUUGCUCAGACUUCUGAUCACCUUUGUCGAUUCGUACCGCAAGGACUACCCCGGAGAGCCUCAGCCUCUCAUUCGUGGCGCCGCUAUCGCGCUCGCCAUGUUCGCCGUGUCUGUCUCCCAGACCGCCUGUCUGCACCAGUACUUUCAACGUUCUUUCGAGACCGGUAUGCGCAUCAAGUCGUCCCUUACGGCUGCCAUCUACUCCAAAUCUACUCGUCUAUCCAACGAAGGUCGUGCAUCGAAGUCAACUGGUGAUAUCGUCAACUACAUGGCCGUCGAUACACAGCGUCUGCAGGAUCUUGCGCAAUACGGUCAACAACUGUGGUCUGCCCCAUUCCAAAUCAUCUUGUGCAUGCUCUCACUGUACCAGUUGCUCGGUGUUAGUUGUUUCGCAGGUGUGGCCGCCAUGUUCGUAAUGAUUCCCAUCAACGGUGUGAUUGCACGAUGGAUGAAGACUCUGCAGAAGGAGCAAAUGAAGAACAAGGAUUCGCGUACCAAACUCAUCUCUGAGAUUCUCAACAACAUGAAGUCGAUCAAACUCUAUGCUUGGACAACCGCCUUCGCCAACCGCUUGAACACCAUCCGUAACGACCAGGAACUCAAGACCCUACGCAAGAUCGGUGCAACUCAAGCUUUCUCGACUUUCACCUGGUCUACCACUCCAUUCUUGGUCUCCUGCUCAACUUUCGGUGUAUUCGUUCUGACGCAAAACCGUGCUUUGACGACUGACAUUGUCUUCCCUGCUCUGACGCUCUUCAACCUCCUCACAUUCCCGCUUGCUAUCCUUCCCAUGGUCAUCACUGCCAUCGUUGAGGCUAGCGUAGCUGUUGGCCGUAUCACUGGCUACCUGACUGCCGAUGAGUUGCAGGAGGACGCUGUUAUCCGUGAAGACGCCGUGGUCGAGAUUGGCGAUGAGUCAGUUCGCAUCCGUGAUGCUAGCUUUACUUGGGACAGGAAUGCUGAGCGCCGAGCCCUUCACGACAUCAACUUCACCGCACACAAGGGAGAUCUCGCGUGUAUCGUCGGUCGCGUUGGUGCAGGAAAAUCUUCGCUUCUUCAAGCAGUGCUCGGUGAUCUUUGGAAAAUCCAUGGUGAGGUUGUGCUCCGUGGAAAGACCGCCUAUGUUCCACAGUCAGCUUGGGUCAUGAACGCUUCUGUUCGUGAGAACAUUGUAUUUGGUCAUCGUUGGGAUCCUCAGUUCUACGAGAAGACUGUCAACGCUUGUGCUCUACGAGAUGAUUUUGCAUCACUUCCUGAUGGUGACCAGACCGAGGUUGGUGAACGAGGUAUCUCACUUUCGGGUGGUCAAAAGGCUCGUCUUACACUUGCUCGUGCUGUGUACGCUCGCGCGGAUAUCUACCUUCUGGACGACUGUCUAUCGGCUGUUGACCAGCACGUCGGACGCCACCUCAUCGACAACGUACUUGGUCCCAAGGGUCUGCUUGCAGGCAAGACCAGGAUUCUGGCAACCAACUCUAUCCCGGUCUUGAUGGAAGCAGACAUGAUCCUACUUCUACGCGAAGGCAAGAUUUUGGAGCGAGGCAGCUAUGGACAACUAAUGGCCAUGAAAGGCGAGAUUGCUCAACUGAUCAAGACAUCCCAAAACGAAGACCAAGGAGAAGAUGACAGCACUCGCACAUCCGACAGCAUCAUGAGCGACGAAGACUCUACCGUCUACGGUGGUAGUCCUGGCGAAGACGACGAGGAAGAUCAAGCUGAAGCUGAGGCUGCCCAGGAAGGUGGCGCGCAUCUCGCUCCUUUGAGGGUCGGAGGCGGUACGGCCCGCAAGUCGAGCUUCCAGACUCUUCGCCGCGCUAGUACUGCAAGUUUUAAGGGACCUCGUGGAAAGCUCACCGAUGAAGAGGGCGGCGGAUUGAAGAGCAAGCAGACCAAGGAGUUCUCCGAGCAGGGCAAGGUCAAGUGGUCCGUCUACGGCGAAUACGCAAAGACCAGUAAUCUUGCAGCUGUUACAAUCUAUCUGCUGCUCCUCCUGGGAGCCCAGACAUCAUCAAUUGGCGCAAGUGUAUGGCUCAAACAUUGGUCGGAGAUGAACCAGAAGGCCCAUGGGAACCCUCAUGUGGGGAAAUACAUCGGUAUCUACUUCGCGUUUGGUGUGGGAUCUGCUGCCCUUGUCGUCGUGCAGACGUUGAUUCUCUGGAUUUUCUGCUCCAUCGAAGCUAGCCGAAAGCUACACGAGCGGAUGGCGUUUGCCAUCUUCCGCUCUCCAAUGAGCUUCUUCGAGACAACACCUGCAGGACGCAUUCUCAACCGAUUCUCAAGUGACAUCUAUCGAGUCGACGAAGUUCUAGCCCGAACGUUCAACAUGCUCUUCGUCAACUCCGCUCGAGCCGGGUUCACCCUUGUUGUUAUCUCGUGGUCGACCCCAGUUUUCGUUGCUCUCAUCCUGCCGCUCGGCGCACUCUACCUUUACAUCCAGCGAUAUUACCUGCGCACCUCGCGCGAGCUCAAGCGCUUGGACAGCGUUAGCCGCAGCCCGAUCUAUGCCCACUUCCAGGAGAGUCUCAGUGGCAUGAGCACGAUCCGUGCGUACAACCAGCAGAAGCGUUUCGAAAUGGAGAAUGAAUGGCGUGUCGACGCCAAUCUGCGUGCAUACUACCCUUCCAUUAGCGCUAACCGGUGGCUGGCUGUUCGUCUGGAGUUCCUUGGCUCAGUCAUCAUCUUGGCUGCUGCUGGUUUUGCCAUUAUUUCCGUCGCCAGCCACAGCGGCCUAUCAGCCGGUAUGGUGGGUCUGGCCAUGUCGUACGCUCUUCAGAUUACGCAGAGCCUCAACUGGAUUGUUCGUCAGACUGUUGAGGUGGAGACUAAUAUCGUUUCUGUUGAACGUGUGCUUGAGUAUGCCGCACUACCCAGCGAGGCGCCUGAGAUCAUCUCCAAGAACAGGCCACCAAUUAGCUGGCCGUCUCAGGGUGCUGUCACUUUUGACAACUACAGCACCCGAUACCGCCCUGGUCUUGAUUUGGUGCUGAAGAACGUCAAUCUCUCUAUCAAGCCAAAGGAGAAGAUUGGUGUCGUCGGUCGUACCGGUGCUGGCAAGAGUUCACUGACUCUCGCAUUGUUCCGUAUCAUUGAGCCUGCAGAGGGUAACGUGAGCAUCGACAAUCUCAACACUAGUACCAUUGGUCUUCUCGACCUCCGCAGACGCUUGGCCAUUAUUCCACAAGACGCAGCGCUCUUCGAAGGCACUGUGCGCGACAACCUUGACCCAGGACAUGUUCACGACGAUACUGAACUCUGGAGUGUACUAGAUCACGCUCGUCUCAAGGACCACAUCUCCUCCAUGCCCGGCCAACUUGACGCCACCAUCAAUGAAGGCGGCUCCAACCUCUCCUCCGGUCAACGCCAGCUCGUCUCCCUCGCCCGUGCCCUGCUCACUCCUUCCAACAUCCUCGUCCUCGAUGAAGCGACCGCCGCUGUCGAUGUCGAAACAGAUGCUAUGUUGCAAACUACCCUCCGCACUAGCAUGUUUAACAACAGGACCAUCAUCACCAUUGCGCAUCGCAUCAACACCAUUCUAGACAGCGAUCGCAUCAUCGUCUUGGACAAGGGCGAGGUGAGAGAGUUUGAUAGUCCUGCUGAGCUCGUCAGGCAGAAGGGCCUGUUUUACGAAUUGGUGCGUGAGGCGGGUUUGUUGAAUAGUUUGGAUAUGAGUCAGUCGUCUAGGUGA